CACAGUGCCUUAAACUGCAAAGCUUCUGGAAAACCCAAACAAAAAGGAACGUCACAAGAUGACGUCAGCCUAUAUACAGUUGUGUGGUCGCAGCACAUAAGCAAAUGCGUUCCUGUAUCGUAUCCCUGAAAGCUUUUCAGCAAAUGCAUUCAAGCGACUAUAGAAGCUUCUCUCAGCAAUAAGCCACCCAUCUGCCAUCAACAAGUUACGACAAAAAAGCCAUAGCUGUGGAAAACGCUUGCAGUUAAACAGCUGUACAGAACAAAAACAGAGAACUCCAGUUCAGCACUGAUUCGGGAAUUUGCAGAGCUGUCACUGAAAAUCAAGGAAAUGAAUUCAAAAGGAAUAUAUGACAAUGGGAUGUGAAGUCAUUUUUACUCUUAAUAGCGGAAGACAGUAGAUGUAAAUUAUUCAAAGGCUGUCAACGUUAGAGCUUUUUACAGACUCACUGUGUUGAGUCUAAAACUACGACUGAAUGAAACCUCCAACGUACUCAAAAGAAUGGGCUUACAUUUCAAGUGGCCAUUAGGGACUCCUGUGCUGGCAGCAGUAUAUGCAAUGAGUAUUGUUUUUAAAAUGCUGCCUGCCUUGGGCACGGCUUGUCCACCAAAAUGCCGUUGUGAGAAGCUGCUCUUUUACUGUGACUCUCAGGGGUUUCACUCAGUGCCAAACACCACUGACAAGGGCUGUCUAGGUUUGUCAUUGAGGCACAAUUUUAUUACGGAACUUGAAGGGGAUCAGUUUGCAAGCUUCAGUCAACUUACAUGGCUUCAUUUAGACCAUAAUCAAAUUGAUACAAUAAGAGAAGAUGGUUUUCAAGGACUGUAUAAACUAAAGGAAUUAAUUUUAAGUUCAAACAAAAUCUCUUAUUUGCCAAACACAACUUUUAGCCAACUGCUUAACCUGCAACAUUUGGACCUCUCUUCCAACCAAUUAUCUGCUUUGCAUCCUGAAUUGUUCUAUGGCCUUCGCAAACUGCAAACCUUGAGUUUACGUUCCAAUUCCCUGAGGACUAUACCAGUCCGUCUAUUUUCAGACUGUCGUAGUUUGGAUUUUUUGGAUCUGAGCACAAAUCGUUUGCGAAGUUUGGCACGCAAUGGAUUUGCUGGAUUAAUCAAACUGAGGGAGCUUCACCUAGAGCACAACCAGCUGACAAAGAUUAACUUUGCUCAUUUCCUACGGCUAAGCAAUCUGCACAUGCUCUUCUUGCAGGGGAAUAAAAUUAGCAACUUGACUUGCGGGAUGGAAUGGACCUGGGUCACUCUAGAAAAGAUAGAUUUGUCUGGAAAUGAUCUCAAAGCCAUUGAUAUGACAGUUUUUGAAAUAAUGCCUAAUCUUAAAGUACUCCUAAUGGAUAACAACAAACUAAUCACUCUGGAAUCCAAGGUUUUAUAUUCACUUAAAACCCUCACUACGGUGGGCCUCUCCAGCAACCCUUGGGAAUGCAGCCCCAAAAUAUGUUCAUUAGCCACAUGGCUGAGUGGCUUCCAAGGUCGGUGGGAGCACUCUAUACUUUGUCAUAGCCCAAACCACACCCAGGGAGAGGAUAUUCUAGAUGCAGUGUAUGGUUUUCAGCUUUGCUGGAAUUUAUCAACUGUUCUUACAUCCAUUGCUACAAGCUACAGAGCUCCAACGACUGAAUAUACAAAAAGGAUAAGCUCCUCAAAUUUCCAUGUGGGAGACAAAGAAAUUUCAACUACUACAGGCAUACCUAUUACGACAGAAGAUCAGUUGCCUGAACCAAACAAUGUCAUCUUCACUCAGCAGGUAAUUACAGGAACAAUGGCUUUAUUAUUUUCUUUCUUUUUUAUCAUUUUUGUAGUGUUCAUCUCCAGGAAGUGCUGCCCUCCCACAUUAAGAAAAAUUAGGCAGUGCUCAAUGAUUCAAAGCCACAGGCAACUGCGAUCUCAAACACGGCUACAUAUGUCAAAUAUGUCAGACCAAGGACCAUAUAAUGAAUAUGAACCCACCCAUGAAGGACCUUUCAUCAUCAUUAAUGGUUAUGGACAGUGCAAGUGUCAGCAACUACCCUAUAAAGAAUGUGAAGUGUAAUAUCUACAGGUAAUCAAAAAACAAAAGCAGAUAAAACUUAUUUUAAAUUGCAGGGAUCCAAAACUAUUAAUUUUUUUAAAAAAAGAAAUGUUGAAAAAGCCUAGAUUUUUCUAGGCUACUUGUUUUGAGUGAUGCAGUAUUUAAAAGUGUUUUUCUUCUUAAAUAACCCAUAAUAUUUUCAAUGUGAAAUCAGCAAUGUUUGCAUUAAAUUUGCACUCCUGAUGUUUGGAAGUCUAAAUAUGCUCAACCCAAAAUAUGUAAACUGCUUCAUGUUAUGUAAUUCUAUGUGUAAGAUUUUUACUCUGAAGCCUCCAGAUUUGAGGUAGAUGAAUAGUCUGGAUGAAAUGGCGCUGUCAGGUAUAUUUACAGGUCUCCGUGAAGGAAGGACAUUUGCCAAGUGAUGCACUGUAGUUAUGAUCCCCAAUAUUUCAGUUGACUCAAUUUUCUCUUAAGUGGAGAUUUAACAGAAAAGGUUAAAUUACAUUUUUCCCCCUUUCAAAAGCUGAUUCUCAAAUUUACGAUAUACAAUAGUAAAGUUCAGCAGAGGGAUUUUGCUAUGUACUGAAGCAUGAGGGGAAAAAACCAUAUUGUUUUCUAAAAUUCCACAGUGAGAAUUCAGCUUAUUGAAAUUUGUUCUAGAUCUAGAAUAUAGCUGUUGACACUUCUGAAUAAACCAAGAUUAUAUAUACUACUUUAAAAUAACAUCCUUCUACAGGCAUUUGGUACCAUGUAGUACUAUACUUCAGAGUAUCUCACAGACACCUUAACUUCUAUUGAAUAUGCCUUGAAUUUAAAGCGAUUAAGAUUUCAGAUUACGAGCCAAUAUAUGUUUCAAAGAAAGGAACACUGAAUUCUUUAUUUUUAAAGCCAGAACAGAAGACCUAUUUCUUUUGCUCUCAAUCCCAAUGGUUACUCUUGAUCAGAAAUCUAAUUUAUGAACUAGUGAUCUCUCAGGAGGCAAAAUUAGACACUGCAGGACAAAGUCACAGUUAUCACUGAACAAUGUAUAUACCAAUUAUAACCCUAAUUAUUCAUAAAUGAAUUCCACAGGAUUUAUUUCCAAGCCGUUGUUUGAUAGUUUACCCUCGGAAGAGCAAGAACAUAAACUUGAACUAUCAUAUUUAGAACAAUGUUCCUUGGCUGAGAUAUCAUUCAAACGUAGUACAAAGGUACCCUGAAAAACAAAUAGUUUCUAGAUAAAAAUAUUAUAUCUAAAUUGUUUUAUGAGGCUAAAUUUAUCAUGCAUCUAUGUAGUUUAAGAAUAAGACUUUUGGGAAGAAGAGAGUAUUUAAUUCAACAGCUCAAAAACCAUGAAAAAUAACCAAAGCUAUAAAUCUAGGAAAAAAGUGUACAUAUGUAUAUCUAAAAUAUCAUGCCAAGUUCAACAGCAAACCUUUUUUUACAAGUACUUGCAGAGGGGAAAAAGCAUUGGUGCUUGAAUUCUUUAGAUCGGUUUAUAGUAUUGUGUAUUGUACUUUGCUGAAGUUUUCAAGCUAAACCACUGGCUCAAAAAUCCAUUUUAUAUGCAUAUUUUCUCUUACUGGAAUACCUGGAUGGAUUACUGUAGUGCUUUAACAUAAAGUGAGUAAUUUGAAGAUCUGAGAUUUUAAAACCAAGGAAUCAAGGCUCUGUACUCAUUAACUCCAGCUUUUCAUAUUGGAUACUACAUUACAUUGAGGCUUCCUACACAAUUAUUUUUCUAGUUCUUAUGAAGUCACUACCUGUUUACUACUAGAAUGAAAACAGAUGGACGGAUAGCCACAACUCUCUCAUGUAGUAAGCCUUUAUUUUCAGCCAUAUGCCAUAUAGUCUAUGCAUCUGGAUAAAGGGAAAUUCCCUCUGCAUUUAAACACUGCACCGACCAAGAAUGGAUUAAGUUUCAUUGAAAUUAAUGUUUCUCACACUUCUCUUGUGAAUUGUGUAUGUUCCAGUGUCUCUCCUCCACUUCCAGCAACACUCCCACACACAUUAUGAAGGUGCAGAUCACUUCAAGUGUUGCCAAGAUUCAGCUGUGUAUAACUGUGCAAGUGUGUAUGAGCGUAGACAAAUAUGUAUAUAUAGAAAAGAAUUACAAGGAAAAUUUGACACUUAAAAAGAGAAGUCCUUCCAAAUCUUUAACAGGGAGCAAACAGGUUUUGCCACUCAUUAGGCCUAUAUAUCCCCACUAUAUUAUAUUAAGCCAUAUACAAAUUCUGGAGAUUUUAGUAAAAAAUAGAAACUGGUUCCAGUAUAAUGCCUUCCUGAACAGAGGGAGGAGAAAGGAGGGAUAAUAAAAAUAAACACAUCCAUGAAAUUUAUAAGUCCUACUUGCACCCUGAAGGAUACUCUCAAAUGCUAUUUCAUUGGUUGUUUACCUAAAUGCUAACUGGAAGCUAUGACAGCUGGCUGGAGCAACUACCUGGCCAUAUAUUUCUUUUUCAGUUGCUGAUGCUUGAGAUAGCUUCUUUGAGCUUUUACAAAUGAAGCUAGUAGUAUUUUGCUGCUGCCAUUUUCUCUUCCAAAAGAGCAGAGGAAAGCGAUCAUAAGGAUUAGGAAGUAAACAAGUGAAUUU